AUACAGGAACAAACAGGCCACCAGACCUUGCAUUUAUAGGUGUGCAUCUCCGCCCUUUUCUUGCGUCUCCUCUUUGUUGUUUUCUCUAGCUGGUUCACUAACAUUGCAAUUAAAACCACUAGUUGCAAAAUCAUACUCAACCCAAACAUAUCUGGAAUGAUGUCGGCGGAAAAACAAGAAGACCAGAGUCCCGAAUACACAAAGGGUGUCAGCGGAGAGCACCUGUCGGUGUUUUCAAACGACCCCUCAGACACAUACUCCGCCAAGUCAGUUGAUGAACGGCCCUUUUUUAACCGUUUCAUAGACUCGUUCAAGCCGAUGAACUUGGAAGAUGACGGCGUUGACACCUCGCAGAUGACCGAGAUGGAGAAGUCUAUCUACGCCACCAGCAGACACCCGUUGGCCCGGAGCUUGAAAGGCAGACACUUGCAGAUGAUUGCCAUUGGCGGUUCCAUUGGUACCGGUCUUUUUGUCGGCUCUGGAUAUGCGCUUUGGCAGGGUGGCCCUGCUGGACAGCUUAUAUCGUACAUCUUGGUGGGCUACUCGUUGUUCUGCGUGGUGAACGCCUUGGGCGAAAUGUCCGUGCAGUUUCCUGUUUCUGGUUCCUUCAAUGCCUUCUUCUCGCGUUUCGUCGACCCCGCCUGGGGUUUCACCGUGGGCCUCUUGUAUGCGUUGUCCUGGUUGAUUUCGUUCCCCUCGGAGUUGGUGGCAUGCUCGAUCACCAUCCUGUACUGGAACAGCAGCAUCAACCCGGCCGUGUGGAUCACCGUGUUCUACAUACUUAUCUGUUCCAUCAACAUGUUCGGCGUCAAAGGCUACGGUGAGGUGGAGUUUGGUCUCUCGAUCAUCAAAGUGUUGGCCGUGGUGGGCUUUAUCAUUCUUGGCGUCUGUCUUAUAUUGGGUGUCGGCGACCAGGGCUACAUUGGCGCCCAGUACUGGCACGACCCCGGAGCGUUUAACAAUGGCUUCAAAGGUGUGUGUUCUUGUUUUAUUUCCGCUGCGUUCUCCUUUGGUGGUGUGGAGCUUGUGGCGUUGGCCGCGUCCGAGACCGCCAACCCCCGCAAGUCGUUGCCCAGGGCCACCAAGCAGGUGUUCUGGCGUAUCACCAUUUUCUACAUCUUGACCGCAGUGAUCAUCGGGUGCUUGGUGCCGUACACGGACGAGAGAUUGCUUUCCGGCACUUCGUAUGAGGACGUGACCGCAUCGCCAUUUGUCAUUGCCAUCAACAACGGAGGCAUCAAGGUGCUCCCCGACAUCAUGAACGCGGUGAUUUUGAUUGCCGUGGUUUCGGUUGGAAACUCCUCGGUCUACGGCUGCUCGCGGUCUUUGGCCUCGUUGGCCGUCCAGGGCUUGCUUCCUAAAAGCAUUGCCUACGUGGACAGAGCCGGUAGGCCGCUUGUUGCCAUCAUGAUCACCAACAUGUUUGGCUUGCUUGGGUACUUGGCUGCGGACGCAGAAAACCAAGAUGUGGUGUUCACGUGGUUCUUUUCUGUCUGCUCGUUGGCCGCUUUCUUCACUUGGAUUGCCAUUUGCUUCACCCACCUCAGAUUCAGAUGGGCCCUCGCAAAGCAGGGCCGGAGCACCGACGAGGUGCUUUUCGUGGCUCCCACCGGCGUCUGGGGCUCGCUUUCGGGUAUGGUCAUUUUAUCCUUGAUUGUUGUAGGUUUGAUCUGGACCGCCAUCUGGCCCAUCGGGAACGACGGCGCCUCCAACAUUGGUUUCUGGCAAGCCUGCCUCUCGUUGCCACUCAUGAUUGUUUUGUGGGCCGGAUACAAAACAUACGCCGGCUCGUGGAACAUGCUUAUGGUGAGGCUCGAAGACAUUGACUUGGACACAGGCAGGAGGGAAAUAGACAUUGAGGUCAUCAAACAGGAGAUCGCCGAGGAAAAGGCUUACAUCCGCUCCAGACCCUUCUGGUACAGAAUCUACCGAAUGUGGUGCUAAGUCUUCGCCGCAUGUGUCUCAUUGGGCAUCUUUUAUCAAGUGGCACUUCAACAGUUGUCAGCAUUUCUUUCUCGUACGUUAAU